UAACUUAUCACCUGAAACAUGGGGCUAAAUAAUAUUACAAUUAUUAAAAUGGAGAGGUACUGCCAACCAAGUGGCUUUCCCAAGCUAUACAAAGCCCCCAUUAAAAAGAGACAUCCUGUCAACCCCUACUCCUCAAUCUCGAGGCUGAGCAAGGUCUCCACAGAGUACAUGAACACAAGGAAGAGCCUUCGAAGCUCGCGAGAUCGUAUCGUAGAGCUCUCAAGAAAUCAUCAGAGGUACAAAAGUCCUCUUGCUACAAAGAAAAAGAGUAUUUUUGAGGAAAACAAGGCUGACAAUAUUGAACAUUUUAAGAGAAUGCCUCUUGUGAGGCUCUCUAGGAAUUCACAGAACGAAAGUACGGCCCAAACAGCAUUUAAAACUGUGAAGUCCUGUCAGAAUCUCCCACAAAGCUUCAUGUGGGAUACUUGAACCAAUAAGAAGACUUUCGAUUCCAAUUCAAAAAAUGUGAUUAAGAUAAAAAUGGUAAACCAUCAUAAAUUCAAAGGAAAGGAAUUUAAACCCAAAGACACUAAAUUCAAAAAAUACUUAGAUGAAAUUAGUUCAAAAAUACCUGCAAUGGAGAGCUCGCCUCGUAGAUCCUUCCUUAAGCCCAUCAUUAAUCGUCCCAUUAUUCCCAAGAAUAAGGGUAUCAGCCCUAUGAAAUUCUUGACAAAGAAAAAGACUAAUAGAAGAACCCACUUCGACCACAAAAGCAUAUUUAAGAUGGCCAACAGGUUUAGAAAAAGUAGGAAUGACAGUAGCCAAAACCAUGUCAAAUCAAAACUCCAGAGUAUAGAGCAAGCAAUGACUUCUGAAGUAACAAAUGGUGAGAACCAGCUUUCCUACAAUCUUGACGUUAGCAGCUCGGAAUACUUUACUGACAGUGAUGAUGAAAUGUUUGAUAGAGAUGAUAUCUUCAUACCUCACGAUGAGAUUUGUGCUUUAGGUAUCCAAGAAGAGACCAUUACAGCUAUUAAAUAAGAAAGUCAAUAACCGAGAAUUAAAGUUAAACAAUCUCUCUUUAGGAGAUGAAUUUAUAAUGUCAAUAGCAAAUUUACUCAAGAAAGAUAAUAAUUUACGCUCUGUACAACUCUCAAGAAAUAAAAUAGCGACUAAGGGAGCAAUGGCCAUCAUGAACAAGAUCUCUAAUUCCCUAUAUUUCUUAGAUAUCUCAUGAAAUCCUGAUAUCAGGAAAGAUGCAUACAAAUUUCUUGGGAGAUAUGUACUCAAAGAUUAUAGAAAAAGAAUUACAGAACUUGAUCUUGAAGGAAAUAACCUUGGUGAUGAAGCUCUCAGGAUCAUCUGUGAUGGACUCAAUGGAUACUCUUCAGUGAAAUGCUUGAACCUAAGUUCAAAUAACAUUACAGAUAGUGGAUGAAUCUACAUUAAAGAGAUGCUUGAGUAUAAUACUUCGAUCCAUACUCUAUUUCUCAGCUGGAACGAGAUUAAAGGAGAAGGAAUUGCUAGCAUAUCCCAAUCUUUGAAGAUAAAUAAUUCUGUCAAAGUGAUUGAUCUCAGCUUUAACCCAUUAGGUCAUAUGUACACUCAAAAGUACAAUGGAAUCGUUGGAUUUAGCAAUGGAUUAGGAGAAAAUACCUCCAUUGUACAUAUAGACCUUUCCUUCAAUGGACUUACCACUGAAGAUUGAGAGAUACUAAAUGAAGGCCUGAAGAAGAACAAUACUAUUCUAGGUAUCCACAUGAUGGGAAACAGUCGAGGCCUUGAUUCCAAAGGAUUUUGAUCGGCUGACAUUAUUCCUCCUAGCGCCUCUCAUAUCUACAAAAGAAUCAAUAAAUCUUUAAAAGCAGGCGAAAUUCAUGUCAAAGAUCUUGACCUGAACUUAUUCACUAAUUGAUGGGUCUGUGAAGGAUGGUCUCCGAUGACCUUCAGGUUUCGGAGGGACAAGUCAAACCUACCUCACUCAAAGUUUAAAUCUACAGAUGAUGUGCUUAUUCACCUAAGUAUUGAUGAGUUUUAUCCAGAUCUUAUGAGGAAAGAUCCAGAAAACCCCGAUGAAUAUUUCAUAACUAGAAUGGUUCCUUCAAAACCAAUCCAGUUUUAUUUUAGUGUGAAUGGUAUUGCGAGAUACAGAGUAGACAUCGAGAAUAAGUCAGCUCUGGCUUCCAAAUACCCUGGAUUAAAGAAGGUAGAGCAUAGAGGUGAUUCAAUGCCAUGGAGAGUUAAUAUCUCUCCAAUAGGGCCUCAAAAUACAGUAAAGAUAGACCUUGAUUAUCUUGAUUCAAUUUAUUGCCGGCCAAGGCCACCCAUCUACGUUCCCAAAGAGCCGGAGAAGCCUGCUCCCACACCAACAUGGGAGCAGGAGAAAUCGGUCUUCAAGAAGUACAGAGUGGAUAACACUAAGCUCCUAGGAAAAUGCUUCGAAUUCGAUUGGAAUUGCAGUAAAAUAGAGAAUAUGAUCCGAGAUGACUCUGAAAAGGAAAAAAUUAAAGAGUUCCUCCAGAAAAACUACAGGCUUAUGAGAGAGUGAUACAGGUAUUAUGCAGGAGUGAACCCGUGAGGAAUUCUUCCAUGCAUCGGACAGAAUGCAUUCAAUGAAUUAAUAUCUUCUACAAGAAUCGUUGAAAACAAAGCUAUGAAGCUUAGUGAUAUCGAUUUUGAAUUUAUUGUUACUAAGUCAGGCCACAAGAAAUCUGAAAUGAACCCAGAAAGAUGGCUAGUUAGGUACCAAUUUAUGGAAAUUUUUGUCAGAAUUGCUCUCCACAAGUACUAUAAAUCCAAGCUUGUUGAAACUCCUUUUGAAGCUAUUUAUAACUUGUGGACUCUGCACUUGAUCCCAAUUUUUAAAAAAUUUGAUUGUCACAAAUGGAGACUUGAAAAUCUUUGGAAUGUUGAGUGAGAUGAAGUGCUUGUAAAAUACAAGUCGAUUCUCAAAGAUAUCUUUGACAGAUACUCAGGAAAGUACACUAUACCAUCAAAACCCAAAUUCAUGAGUAUUGAGGAGUUUAUCUACCUCAUUAACGACUCUGGGGCAUUAAGGUACGAGGUUGGCCAAGGAAGUUCCUCAAUUGGAUGCCAAUUUAACCUUGCAAUGAUGACCUACGUUGACGAAAUCAACUCUGAUAAGCAUCUACAGAUGUUCUAUUACGAAUUUCUCGAGGCUAUCUCUAGAGUUGCCUGCAAGAUAUAAAAAUCUUUCCGAAUAUUGAAAGGUACCAAAACCGCUCUUCAAGUUUGAAUCCCAUUACCAAAACAACACCUCUUCAGAGUCCGAACAAAGGAGACUAUUUCGAAAAGCUUGAAUCAAUAUCUGAAGACUCUUUCCCUAUGAACCAAGCUUACGAAAUAGAUAGGUAUGGCAUCAGCCACAUAAUUAACGUUGAAAAGGAGCCUCUCUACCUCAAGCUUGAGAUCUUCAUUAAGCUCUGAGAAUUCACAAUCCUCAAAAACAGAAAUUUCUAUGAGAUCUAUGACGACUAAAUAAAUUUCUCAAAUUGCAAGCAGUGCCGAGACAGCUAGAAAUACCAAUCUGCUUUUAAUAUUCUGUACUUAAAA